GGAGGGGGCGAGGGUGAAACGGCGCGUCAUUUGUUGAGCAGCCCACGGACUUCGGCAGCCAUUCAAUGCUCCACCAAACGCUCAUCCCUUCCUCCUUUUCCCCCUCCGUCUCCGCCUCCUCCUCCUCGCCUUUCCUCCACGCCCCCAACGCCGCCACCACCACCACCACCACCACAGCCCCCGGUGGUUCCUGCACCCCACCAGCCUUCCCGCGAGGCUCCUCCGCCAUGCCGUCGUACGCGCACCACCAUAGCAGCAGCCCUCUGGAUGAUGGCAAGAUGGACGUGCUCAAGUGUGGCAACAGCGUCCCGCCGGAGGACGACGCUGCCGCCGCCGGGGCGCUCGUUGAGAAAGACGGGUUCUCGGUUGAGGACCUGCUGGACCUCGAGGAGUUCGGGGAGCCUGACAAGGACGGCGCCGAACACGAGGAUGACGCGCCGGCGCUAGCCGCCGCGGUCGAGGAGCAGCCGAAAGCGGAGUCGCAGCCGUUGUCGGUCGUGACGUACGAGCUCCCGCCGCCGCCGCCGCCGCCGGAGCUGGUUGACCUGCCGUCGCAUGACGUCGAGGAGUUGGAGUGGGUCUCGCGUAUCAUGGACGACUCGCUCUCGGAGCUCCCGCCGCAGCCGCAGCCUCCUAUGGCUGCUGUGGUGGCGUCGUUGGCAGGGCGGCCCCCGCUGGCGCAGCAGCGGCGACCGCCGCUCGCGCACGACGGCGCGUACCGCGCGGUGGCGCCGCCGUCGCACGGCCCGCUGCGGACGCCCACCAUCUGUGCGCUGUCCACGGAGGCGAUGAUACCGGUGAAGGCGAAGCGCAGCAAGCGGUCGCGGGGCCCGGGGUGGUCGCGGUCGGGCGCCUCGUUCUUGUCCGACUCGGCCUCGUCCUCGUCGACCACAACCACUUCCUCGUGCUCCUCGUCAGGUUCGUUCUCGCCGUUCCUUCGUCUGGACUCGCCACCGUUCGGCGGGUUCGACCUCGGCCUCGGCGAGGGCUUAUUCAGCCACCUGCUGCCGCUGCCGCUGCCGCGGCCGCCGUCGAAGAAGUCCAAGCACGGCGCCAAGGGCAGCAAGCACAAGCCCAAGAAGCGCGGGCGCAAGCCGAAGCAUCUGCCUCCGCACCACCCGUCGGCAGGCGGCGGCGCGGCCGCGUCGCAGCAGCCCGGGCCCAGCGACCGCCGCUGCAGCCACUGUGGCGUGCAGAAGACCCCGCAGUGGCGCGCGGGGCCCGAGGGCGCCAAGACGCUGUGCAAUGCGUGCGGUGUCCGCUACAAGUCAGGGCGGCUCCUGCCCGAGUACCGCCCGGCGUGCAGCCCCACGUUCGAGAGCAGCAUCCACUCCAACUCCCACCGCAAGGUGCUCGAGAUGCGCCGCAAGAAGGAAGGCGACAUGGUCGCCAACGCCGCGCCGGCCGUGGCGUCGUUCUAAGCCGCUGCUGCGCCCACCCUGUGACUGAGCAUCAGCAAGGAGGCUGGCCACCUAGCGGUGGCUGUACAUUUUUUUUCUCUCUCCGGGCCGUAAUAGCCUUGUACCGUACCUGAACUCCCCUCCCAUGUCUCUUGCUUGGUAGUAUCGUCGUCGCUAGGAGUCUCCCGGUUGGGUUAAUUAGAGUUUAGGAGUCUGGAUUAGGUCAGGUUAGGUUUAGCUUUGGUUGCGGUUAGGGUUCUACUGCGAGAGCAGCGGCGCAGCAACUAGCGCAGAACUUUUAAUUCCUAGCAUUUCUAAAGGCAGUUUCUUCUUCCUUUUGACGAGCUAGCUGUAGGAGUGAGUAGCUUGUUUGGUGCAUCCAUCAAUGGUCGAGCCGGACUGCUGGGUACGGACUGGUGCUGAUGUUGGAAAGGUAGAAGAUGAGAUGAGGCUGAUGGAUCGAUCGGUCGCCCAAGGAGGAAGAAGAGUGCACCUUGCACUUGGACUGGUAUGUAUUGGGACAGGUGCUUGUUGCGUGCACCCUUUCGGUUACAUCACAUGGUGUUGUCACCCGUAACGACAUGAUAUGCUUAGUUAGCAGAGCAGAGUGGUGAUAGCGAGGUGUUGAAGCAAGCAUUUAGGCUUGCAACUUGCAACCUUUGCAAUUGUGUGAGGUAGUUCACUGUAGUCCGUCGUAGAGUUUAGAAUGGACCAAUGGAGCAGUAAAGCUGUAAGCUCCUCCCUUGGUUGUGUUGUGCGACACACUGCCGCUUUAGCUUUGAGUAAUCAUGGUAUCUCUGUGUAA